GCUCUGAUUGGCUGGAAAGAAAAGCUGGAGGUGGUUAUAUUCCGCUGACAGAUUUCGUGUAGUUCAGAUUCUGUCUCCUCUGAGUGACUUUUUGUGGUCCAAUGUAAAGGAGACAUUAACCGGAUUGUGAAAAUCUCUGCAUCCAGUCACAAAAAUGCUGUGUCUAGGAGAUUCUUCAGUUUGUCUUCGGGAGCAGAUGCAGUACAUGAUGAGGUCCUUGCAGGAUCUGAAGCAGAUCGGCCGGCUGAGGCCACUGAGUGAACCGUGUGUUCGCUCCUUCUCCGUAACGCGAAUGUGCAAACAGAAGGCGCAGAAGGAUCGGUUGUCUCGUCUGUCUGGGGUCAGUGACUCCAGCACCUACGACUCCGCCUGCUGCCUUGCUAGCACCCUGGAGGAAGAGGAUGAGCAGCAGCAACGGCUGCCGCAGGCUUCCCCAAGUGGUGACAAGACUUUGGACUUUGACUCGGGUUACUCUGAGGCGUCUUGGCAGGAUGAUGGCGUGGUGCUGAGGAGGACCAGGAACGUGCGAGUCUCUUCUUCUGCCUGUCUUCGUACAAACAGAGGUCCUUCCGGACGGAUCAGACCCAAAUCCACCUCAGAUGCCUGCCUGGAGUGCUGGACUUCGUUUGAGGCCAGUGAGCCACAGGACUGGACAACACUGCUGUUGAGCCGCAGCAGGAACAGGCAGCCCCUGGUUCUGGGUGACAACAGCUUUGCAGAUUUGAUAAAAAAUUGGAUGGACCUUCCUGAGUGCCCUGAGCCAGCAGAAUUAAAACCAGUUGUGGGCCGGCGACAUGCCAAAGACCUUUUGGUCAACAUGCGCAGGAGGCUGACAGGAUUGUCUAGGCCAAAGUCAGCAGAGUCUACGAAGGUCAGCCAGUCUGCAGAAGCCUCCAAACGCAUGUCCUGCCCGGUGGGACUACAGGCGCUGAAGCCUUUCUUCCACCAGUCCCACACGGGUUUACAUGAACCAGACUCUGAUUUUUAUCGAUUCACUGCUCUUAUGAAGACGGGAAGCCGACAACCCAUCAUAUGCAAUGACAUCAUUGGAUACAUUUGAACAAAGUCACAACUACAGAGUGACCAUGUACCAGAAAAUUUAAAGAGGUCAUAUUAUACAUUGUUUCAUCACAUUAAUGUAGGUCACCAGGUGUCUUACAAACAGAUCUUAAAAGUUGAAGCCAAAAAAACACCCCAGGGACUGAUGUGGUGUAUCAUAAAAUUCCAUGUUUCUGUACUUUCACUUUAAAGAGAAAGGAGCUGCUGUUUGACACACAUCUUCUAUCUUCAGAUGAAG